CGGGGAGAAGAAGUUGGGGUUGGCGCUGGGCUGGGUGGAGGGGAAGGAUCGAGACAGCCUUUCCGACAAGGCGGACAGCGACUACGAGCAUGAAGAAUACGACGGGAGCAACUCGUGCAGCUGGGAGAGCUGCAGCGAGAGCAGCGAUGGGAGCGGCGGCGAGGUGGAAGAAGAAGAGUUGGCUGAUCUGGGAGUCGAGAAGAAGCUCGUCGGUCCUCCCGAGGACAUGGACAGCGACUACAGCGACGAGAACGACGACGAAUAUGAGGAGAGUGACUGGAGCAGCGACGUGGGUAGCGACGCGAGCAUGGGGAGUAUCAAUUGGGACAGCGACGCGAACAGCACGGAGAGCAGCGACUGGGGUAGCGAUAUGGACGAUGACGAGGUGGGAGAAGAGUUGGUUUGGCUGGGGGAGAACGAGUGGAUAAACUACCGCGAAGAGGCGGCCACCUUCCCCCAAGUCGAGGAGGCCAUCAAAGGCAAGGUCCAGGGUAAGCAACCCCCAUUCGUCCGCUGCUCCCUCUGCCUAGAUACUCAAUUGUCUAUUCUUGGCCUACCCAUCUACAACCCAAUCUAUCGCGAGGACAUUCGGCGGCUCGAGCCUGGCGUUGUUCUGAUAUGUGGCCAUAUGUUCUGCAGGGCCUGCUGGAAAAGGUACUGUGAGGAGUGUCACUUUCCUGUGGACGGAGAGGAAGAGGAGGAUACUGACUCCAUUGCAUGGCUGGACUGCCCCAUUUGCCAUAUCGAACUGUCCUAUAUUGGCUGUAGGUGCGAAAUCACGGCGGUACAUUUGCCUCUUAACGAACAGGACCCGGCAGCCUCCUUCAAAUACCAGAGGAAACACCGCGACGGCAAGUGGAAGAAGGACUUUCCACACCUCGCCCCGAACCCGCGAAAGUGGCCGCGCAGGUGUUCUGACUGUACUGUGUCUCGCUCCUCGGAUUCUUGAUGAUAGGCCAUCAUUGUGCAGUAAGC